UUGUUCUUCCAAGGGCUUUAAAUAAACUCGUAUGCAUAAAAAGCCGCGUACUGACUUGCAUAUGCAUGCGCUGAGUCGCCACGAACACACAUAAACAUUCAAGUGUGGACGUCAAUUCGCAACGACUCGGCGCAUGUUUUUCUUCUCGCGAGUCACGACGAACGCGCAUGAUGUGAGCCAAAAGGUGUCGGUUUUUAGUCGCCGCUCAAAGGAAUUAUAUUGUGCGUGCUUGCUCAGUUUGGACGACAUUUCAGUGUAUUCUUGCAGCUAGAACGUAUACCUACCGGAAUAUUUUUUAACGACACGUUAGUAUUAAAAAUGGAGUGGUCAAACGAUGACUGUCUACAGUUAAUCGAUUUGUACGAACAACAUCCGGUCUUAUGGGAUGCAAAACAUCCCUUCCAUUAUUCCAAAAAUAAGAAAAUAGAUGCGUGGGAUAGCAUAGCACAGAAUUUAAAUAAAGAACUAAACGGAAUUAAGCAAAAAAUGACCAGUUUAUUGGGAUCGUUUCGUGCCCAGAAAAGUAAGGGCAAAAAGACAAUUGGAACUGGGAAAGCAAGGCAAGAUGUUUACAUUUCAAAAUGGUUCGCAUUUGAACGAAUGCAGUUUCUACUGGACAAAGACGAACCACGAGAGACCAUCGACACAGAAGAUGGUACAUUGGAUGAAGACACUUCUUCCCAAUUGGAUGCUAAUACGGAUGGUACGGAAAUUCCGCUAGAACCGCAAGAUACUGAAGACGCAUUGGUUGUCAUUAAUACCGCUGUGGUAGAAAAUACAGAGCCUCCUCGCCCAAAGAAAUUAAAGAAACCCAAAGAAAAAGAAGAUGUCAGAAUACAGGAAGCAUAUGCGAUAUUAAAAGAUACGCAUGCAAAAUACAGCGCAUCUCAAAAUGUAUCUACAGAUCGUUUUACUAUAUUUGGGCAACAUAUAGCUGCUAAAUUGAGAACCUACAAUAAAAGAACACAGGCGAUUGUAGAACAUUCUAUCAACAACAUAUUAUUUGAGGCGGAUAUGGGGAAUAUUGAAUCAACGUACCCUCCCGUAAUAAAUUAUAAUACUUCUUCCGGUUCUACUCCUGUGUUAAGUCCAAGUCCUCAUCAAACGUAUCCGGAAUCAGAACCGUCAUACAAUACUGAAACAGUCAACAUGUGUUGCUCUGUUGGACCAAGUUCAAGUUCAAGCACAAAUGCUUAUAGUUUUCGAGUUUUGUAAUCACAUGUAUGUUUAACUACGUUAAUCCUACGUUAACCAAUAAAACUUAUUCUUAAAAGCUAUUUCACUUACCUUAAUUUGGUCUUUUAAAACUUCUAUUAACGCACAACACACGUCCGGGACAAUAGUCGAAAUUAACUGUUUGGAGACUUUGAAUAAAUAUUGGAGACUAGUAUAUGAAUCACCGGUUGCUAGGAAGCGAAGUGUAAUUGCUAACCGUUCCCUAACUGUUACUGCAUUCCUGAGUGUUGUGUCCUUCUUUUUUAUCUUGAGUGUAAUGGCGUUUACGAGAUACUCAUAAUCCUCGGGAACCAUACGCACAAAAUUUUGAAAUUGCUCAGAAUGUAAUUCGUCGAGCAAUUGCGGUCCUACAUUUCGGUUUCUGUAGAUUUGCUGAAUCCAAAAUCGUUUUGGCCGUUUAACUUUUUUUUUGUUUUUUUUAGUAAGUAGGUUAUGGAUAAGGAUGUAAGCUGCUC